GAUUAUUACUCUCGCACCUUCUCUCCCUUCGUUAGCUCGACUGGCUUCCCCGUUCGUCUCCCCCAGAUUUCUCACGCCAACACCGCCGAGCUCUCCCCCGGAAAACCGGAAAACGCCUCCUGGUCUCCGACCCCGGAGGCACGCCACCUCGAAGGAAUCCCCCCUCUCCCAUUCGUCGUCGUCCACCUCCGCGCUACUGGACAGAUCCAUCCGUGCUCGGAUCGCUUCCUUCUGUUGUUAGAUCUUGGGACACUGUUGAGAGACGGUUGAUUCUGCCCACUGUUGCACUCUGGGAAUUACCCUGCAGAUCUGAAGAACAUGGUUACACUACCUAACUUAACAAAAGUGGAUGAGCUUUGCAUGUAGUAGCUUCUUUUGACUAGAACUAUUAUUAUGGAGCUGCAAGUUCAGCGUGUGGCCCUUCAAUGGAGUCAUCAUACCUUCCUGCUACUACUGAGUCAAUUGCAAUGGCUCAGGAGGCUAAGGAUGCUUCGGAGUCAAUUUCGAUCCUUUACCGUGUGAUUCAAGACCCAUCUUCUUCUGCAGAUGCACUGAGAACAAAAGAACUUGCAAUUACUAACCUUACAAAUUACCUCACUGAAGAGAGCAGAGCUGAGGAGCUGCGAAACCUUUUGACCCAGCUCAGGCCGUUUUUCUCACUGAUUCCCAAGGCCAAGACUGCAAAAAUUGUCCGUGGAAUCAUUGAUGCUGUUUCCAAGAUUCCUGGAACAUCUGAUCUCCAGAUCUCGCUGUGCAAAGAGAUGGUGGAAUGGACCCGUGCAGAGAAGCGUACGUUCCUUAGGCAGCGUGUGGAAGCAAGGUUAGCGGCACUUCUGCUAGAGAAUCAGGAGUACACUGAAGCCCUGACUCUCCUUACUGGUCUUAUUAAGGAAGUCAGAAGACUUGAUGACAAGUUGCUCCUUGUGGACAUAGACCUGUUGGAGAGCAAGCUCCACUUCUCUCUGAGAAACCUGCCAAAGGCCAAAGCUUCGUUGACUGCUGCAAGGACAGCGGCGAAUGCCAUCUAUGUUCCACCAGCUCAGCAGGGCACUAUUGAUCUGCAGAGUGGAAUCCUUCACGCAGAAGAAAAGGAUUACAAAACUGCUUACAGCUACUUCUUUGAAGCAUUUGAAGCUUUCAAUGCACUGGAUGACCCAAGAGCUAUCUUCAGCUUGAAGUACAUGCUCUUGUGCAAGAUAAUGGUUAACCAAGCUGAUGAUGUUGCUGGAAUAAUCUCAUCUAAGGCUAGCCUAAAGUAUGUUGGUCCGGAUGUUGAUGCUAUGAAAGCUGUAGCUGAUGCCUACUCUAAAAGAUCUCUCAAGUACUUUGAAACUGCCCUCCGUGAUUUCAAAGCCCAGCUUGAGGAGGACCCUAUUGUUCACAGGCAUCUUUCCUCUUUGUAUGAUACCCUCCUGGAGCAGAAUCUGUGCAGGUUGAUUGAGCCCUACUCGAGAGUGGAGAUUGGGCAUGUUGCACAGAUGAUUGAAUUGGCGGUUGAUGAUGUUGAGAAGAAGCUGUCGCAGAUGAUUCUAGACAAGAAAUUUGCUGGUACUCUGGAUCAAGGUGCUGGUUGCCUCAUUAUCUUUGAGGAUCAGAAGACUGAGGCCAUCUUCCCUGCUACACUAGAAACCAUUUCAAAUGUCGGAAAGGUCGUGGACAGUCUUUACAUGAGGUCGGCUAAGAUCAUGGCUUGAAGGUUGCUAAGCAUGUGAUAGGCUGUUUGGUAUGGGUUCAGCCUUUUCAGUUCCUUUGCUGUCUUUAAGACAUGUAAUCCUGCAUAUUGGCACUUGAUUUUGCAUGUUGGUCGUUAUAUUGGAUCAUAGAAAAAUCCAUCUUGUUCAUGAACUGGACCAAUUUGUUGUUUUUAUGUGGUGGAUGUACCGACACUAGCUUGUCCAAACAUAAAUCAUUAGUUCUCUCA